UAGUCCACGCGUCCCCACGGUAACUGGAGUCAGGUUUUGGUUUUGUUUGGGGGAAGGGUUUCCCGUCCAGGUUGGAAGGCUGCCCUCCCUCUGGAGACCUUGUCCCCAGGGGAUGAAGGCCCAGUGGAUCUGCCCUCACUUAGGCUCCACCAACGACCCACAGAUGCAGGGGAGGCGGGGAUGGUCCGAGGGUAGCUGCUCAGCCCUGGGCAGGUUAGCACCUUGGUUCAUGUUGGGCAGUCAGCAGGAUGCUUCUGCUUUGGGGAGCAGGGCCCCGAGUCAGGCCUGUGGCUGGGAAGGAGUCGCUGUGCCGCUCAAAGCCACCCCUCUGGAUCAGGCCAGCCGAGUGAGCUCGGGAACCCUAGACACACCAUCAGAGCAGGCCGACUCCUGUUCUUGCUGAGUGGGGGGCCCCUCAGUGUUCUGGUCUGGUCGGCAGAGUGGGCGCCAGCCUUUCCACAGCACCACACCUAGGAGGAGAGUGGCGGGGUGGGUCCCGGUGCCAGCAGCAGGAUCGGAGCGUGGCAGGGAGUGAGGCCGUUGUUGUCAGGCCAGCUGCCCUUGGAGCAGACGCCUCAGGUCACCUCCAGCGAGGAUGCUGAGGCUCCCGGCACACAGGCUUGUCUACUGGCCACAGUACAGGUUGGACCGAGCCCUCCACCUGUCUCCAGACAUUCUGGGGCUCAGAAGUUCCUGGUGGCCCCUUAGUUUAGUGCACCCAAAGGUGUGAGCUGAUCGCCUCUUGGUCGGAGGCGCCUGCAGCUGACAGCGGAGCCUGCUUUUUCCUCCCUGCCUGAGCCACUGGGCUCGUUCCCUUUAGAGGGUCACCAGCACGGUGUCUCCGGAGGUGGGGCCCUCCACCUUCUGCGCCCAGCCCAUCUAAGACCCUGAGCAGCUCCUCUUGGAACAUGUGAUGUCUGGACGGUGCUGUGGCCGUGGCGGGCAUGGGUGACAGGCUGGGCACACCGUGAGGGGCGGUCCUCAGGCAGCUACGUGCUUUCGGGAAAACCAGUGCCUCGGGAGGUGGCUGCACUCAGCAAAACAGGACGUCAGUGUGAAUCUCAUGAACAACAAGUAAUUUGUCAUUAUAAGGGAGUCUUGUGUUUCGUGGGACGUACUUAUUCUAAAGAUUAUUUGUUGUUCACAUAAAAGUAAGUUCACUGAGUGCAUCAUGUAUUUUAUCAGGCGAGCCUGCCUGGAGAUUCUGUGAGAAGUUUCUGUGGCCAGAGAGGUUUGGAAACUUCUCCAGAUCUCUUUGGAGAGCCUGGGUGCACGUUGGAUUGGAAAAAACAAGUACGGUUAUGAGAAUGCGUGCAUCUACACACCCAGAUGUGUGGUGUUAGUUUAUUGCUGUACUGAGCUCCCCUGUGCUAGACUUGGGAUCCCUGCAUGUUGCCUGAUGGCUCCCCUUGGGAAGUGUCCGGGCCUCCACCUCGUGGCCAGGCUGCGGGGGAGGGGCGGGCUCGCUGUGCUCAACCGUCUUCUUGUCUUGCUUUUAACGCUGCGUGGAAGAUGAGGAGCGGGAAGGCCUCCUGCGCCCUGGAGACCGUCUGGGAGGACAAGCAGAAGUACGGGGACGCGGAGCGGCGCUUCUACGAGCAGGAGGCCAUGCGAGCCGCCGUCCACCAGCAACUCCUAGCCGCGGCACCUGCUGCGAACGGGCCCGGCCAGCAGGACACGGAGGCAGCCACGGAGGCGGCGGCUCCCGGCAGCUGCAGGGGGGCCCCUGAGAAGGGCUGCGAGGGGGCAAAGCCCCUGCAGAAGAAGAGGAAGCGCUCCCCGAAGAGCUGGCUCGGCCAGGAAGACCUGGCCCUUGUUGGCCUCUCGGCUGACCACGUCUGGCUGGACAAGCCACUUUUCGACCAGGCUGAGAGCUCUUAUCGCCAGAGGCUGGCAGACGUGGCUGCCCAGGCAGCCCGGCCGCCGGCUCUGGCCCCCAAAGGUCCCUGCACACAUGGAAGCCAGGUGGCCUGCCACCACGUGACCUGGGGCGUCUGGGUCAACAAGUCUGCCUUCGACCUGGCCGAGCGGGCGUUUGUGGAGUGGUCUCAGGCUUUGCUGUUGGCUGCAGAGGGAAGCAACAGGCAGGGGACUCCCGACACAGGCCAGCCGGCACCUGCCCCUGACCUAGCCCUCACCUGCCAGCCCAGCCCACCGGCCAACGGCCAGCCCCCGCUGGGCAGCCUGCAGGCCCUGGUGCGGGAGGUGUGGCUGGAGAAGCCCCGCUACGACGCAGCCGAGAGGGGCUUCUACGAGGCCCUGUUUGAUGGCCACCCCCCUGGGAAGGUGCGCCUGCAGGAGCAAGUCGGCCAGGCUGAGGGUGCCAGGCGGGGCCGCAGAGACCGGCGGGGCCGCAGCGCUGUGGGGAGCCGGCGGGCCGGGCCUCGGCGGGUCGAUGGGGUGGUUCCCACGGCCCUGCCCUACUGGUACUUCCUGCACAAGGACGCCGAGGCCCCCUGGCUCAGCAAGCCCACCUACGACAUCGCAGAGUGCCGCUACCAUGCUGCCGAGGCCGUGCGCGUGGCCUGGCGCCUUGAGGCCACGGCUCUGGCUCACCGACCCGCUGCCCGGGCUGGCCCUUCUGUGUCCAGCCUGAGACCCAACAGGAAAAUGGCCACAAACUUCCUAGUGCACGAGAAGAUCUGGUUCGACAAGUUCAAGUAUGACGAUGCAGAAAGGAAAUUCUACGAGCAGAUGAACGGGCCUGUGGCUGGCUGCUCGCGCCAGGAGAACGGCGCCAGCGUGAUCCUCCGGGACAUUGCGAGAGCCAGAGAGAACAUCCAGAAAUCCCUGGCUGGAAGCUCAGGCCCGGGGGCCUCCAGUGGACCUGGCGGAGACCACAGUGAGCUCGUCACCCGCAUCGCCAGCCUAGAGGUGGAGAACCAGAGCCUGCGAGGCGUGGUUCAGGACCUGCAGCAGGCCGUCUGCAAGCUGGAGGCCCGGCUGGGUGUGCUGGAGAAGGGCUUGCCGGCCCACCGCGCCACAGCCCCACAGACCCAGCACGUGUCCCCGAUGCGCCAAGUGGAGCCCUCCACCAAGAAGGCGGCCACUGCCACGGAGGAUGACGAGGACGAUGACAUCGACCUGUUUGGCAGUGACGAGGAGGACGAUAAGGAGGCCACGCGCCUGCGGGAGGAGCGGCUGCGGCAGUAUGCAGAGAAGAAGGCCAAGAAGCCCGCGCUCGUGGCCAAGUCUUCCAUCCUCCUGGACGUCAAGCCCUGGGAUGACGAGACGGACAUGGCCCAGCUGGAGGCCUGCGUGCGCUCAGUCCAGCUGGACGGGCUGACCUGGGGGGGCUCCAAGCUGGUGCCCGUGGGCUACGGCAUCCGCAAGCUACAGAUCCAGUGUGUGGUGGAGGACGAGAAGGUGGGGACCGACCUGCUGGAAGAGGAGAUCACCAAGUUCGAGGCGCACGUGCAGAGCGUGGACAUUGCUGCUUUCAACAAGAUCUAAGUCCGCAGUGGGCCUGGGCACGGCCCUGGCCUGCAGCCAUUAAAGACUGAGAUCCAGCA